UUUUGGCCAGUCGUUGGUGAAAUGAGCACAUCAUAUCAACGUCCUGCAUUUUGGCGCGUGCCGGACUACGUACAUGACCAAGAAAUUUUCGAUCGUUACAUUGGGGGCGGCAGAAAAAGUUCGCUUAUCUCCGGUUCCAGUCGCCGUAAUAGUACUAAGAAACACGUACAUUUCAUAGAUGAUCCACCUAAAGUAAAUUCAUCGCCAGCAACACCGUUAAUAUCGGAUGAGGUUCAAGUUGGAAGCCCUGCUUACGGAGAAGUAUUGCGCGGCGAUAUUAUCGCCAAGAUACGUGAUUAUGAUGCUCGCGAUGUGAGCCAUGGAGAUGCUGAAACGCUUUUCCGCAACGCGGGUAAUGAAAUCCAAAUCGUCGUCCAUCGUGAUAGUAAAAUCGCAUACACACAAGGACUUGGCGCUGAACCAUACAGAGCUGGCCUUGGCCCGUCACCAGCUAACAGCAACAGCCCGGAUUUGAAUAGUGCCAAUGUGCCACACAGAGGCCCUUCACCGUUUUUGCCCGGACCUGGCCAAUAUGAGCGUGCCUUGCAGUUGCCUGUUGAUUCGUUGCCGCAAACAGUAUUUCCAAAACUGAACGCCUCAGGCGGCUAUGUGCCACCGCGUGAGAGUGGAUGCUUCAGUCCGAUGCCUACGCGGGACCACCAGCAAGAUGUAACCGAAGAGCAGGCGGCCAUUGUAAAUCAACCCUACCGAACAACUCCACUGGUGCUUCCUGGUGCCAAAGUUAAGAAGGAUGCCCCAACCACAGAAUCUUACUUGAGGUACCACCCAAAUCCGGCUGUUCGCGCUAACCGCGGCCACGAUUAUCAUGACAGUGUGAUGAAGCAACGCGUCGCCGACACCAUGUUGCACAAGGUCGUUGGCCAGGAUGCCGACACUGGCAGGGUAUUCCACAAACAAUUCAACUCACCCAUUGGCCUGUAUUCAGAGAACAACAUCGAGAACACCAUCAGACAAACAGUUCCAAUUUUCAUCGAUCUAUCUUUCCUGGAACAUAAACGAAAAAUUCUGGAGCAACAAAAACUCAGAGAACUGAGAGAGCAGGCAGAACGACAGCAGCAACGCCAGCAACAACUGUAAUUGCAUACUCAAAAAACCGAACAGUUCUGAAAGCAGUCAAAAACUUCCGUGUAAGGAAGUCGAAAGCAUACGAAUAUCAACACAAAUGAGGAAAGAGAAUAUAAUUUUCAUAACGAUAAUAAAAAAAAUUGGAAUCAACGGAGAACUUCGACUUUUUACAGAAAAAAACAAAACCAGAAAAUGAUUCAAUAUUAAUAGACUCUAAAACGAAGGCUUUUAUGCUAACUAAAAGUUUAUUACAACUGAAAAUUGAGCUUUAAUCUUUGACCUCUGAAAGCGGUUAAUUGGAGUUGAAUUGACGUGUUGUCAUUACACUCAACUGAAAAUUUUCAAUUGGUCUGUGAUAUAGCAAAAUUUAUCGAAAUAUUUAUUAGUUCGUAAUCAUUUUUUUAGAACAGUCCCAAGAAAUAACAUUCAAAAUCAUAUAUUCGUAGUAUGAACUAUAUGUGAACAUUGGCAUUUCCCGAAAUUGAAUUAUCAUAUUGAAUCGCCAUCUUCUCCUUGCGCCCACCAACCCAAUACCAUAUCUAAUCCGUUAUUAUUCCCCAGUAUUAAUAUUCGAAAGCUUUCCCACUGGAUAACUGCUUUAUGGAGCAGAGAGCAAAGCUUAAGCACUUACUGACUUAACUUAAGACUUAGAAAAAGAUAUACAAGUAAUUUAAUAACAAUAUUAAUGAAUAAUGAUGAAAAAUUAUGGCAUUUUGGCCAAGUUAAUAGUAAUGUUCUUAGUAUUGGUUUACUAACCGAUUCUUUUGUAUCGUUUCGAACGAGAUAUAAUUUAGUAUUUAAGAGUUGCUGCUGCACAAAUAUUUCACCUUUAAGCUCGCUCACAUCGCUGGCAUUGCAUACUGUCACUUACGUACAUUUGUACAUACUUAAUUGAGUUCGAAAUCACUUAUAUUCAUACACAUACAUAUGCACAUUAAAUAAUAAUACUCGUAUGCAUACAAGUAAACAUGAAUAAUACGUAUGUUUUCAAUGCAUAAACACAUUUACAUACAUACACAUGUUAACAAUCACCAUUUUUAAACACAAUAUACAUAUGUAAAAAGAAUUAUUAAUCUGUUUGCAAAAUUAUAAUGACUAUUAAUUCUAACGUAUUGUGCACAUCCUGUUUUUUCUUUCUCUCUCUCUCACAAACACAUACACAAAUUCUCUGCGCAACUGCAAUGUCAAACAAUUAAAUCAAUCAAUCAAACAUUUACAUAUACGAAAUCCAAAUCGAAUAUUAUAAAUCCAAAUUCGAAUUGAAUUCGUAUUGAUUGGGACUGAACUUAAACCCACACAAAUAAUAAUUAUUAUAACAAAACAUAAAUGAAACCCAAAACUGUUAAAAACAAAAAUAUCGAAAUAUCAAAUAUGACAAUUUCGAAACCCUCGGCGAAUCAUGACAAUUAAAAUCGCUUCCAAUCGUGAAAAUUCGAUCAACCGUGCCACCGGGCGCCGCCAUAUCACUAUGCCACUAUACCACCGUACCAACAUAUGUACCCUUGUACCGUCAAUUCAUCGACAUCGAUACUGUGGCGUGGUGUUUUUGCAAUCGAAAUUAAAUUGAUCGUGUGUAUAUAUAUAUUUACACAUGCGUAUUAAUUACAUACUUACCACAAUGUAAUGAAUGACGACAAUUGCCAAAUGGCAACAAUGACAACAAAAAACUACUACUAAAUACAAUUUGUAUUCAAUCACAUCACCAAU